CGGAAGAGGAGGAGGUGCAGUCCCACAAUACCCGGCGGGGGCACGGCGGCUGCUGGUGGGGCCGUGAGCUCAGUCGUCGCGAUCUCUGGUGUGUUCACUUCCGCGCGGGGAAGCGAUGCGGAGCGGUGGAAAAUGGCAGAGCUGCAGAUGCUUCUAGAGGAGGAGAUCCCGUCCGGCAAGAGGGCGCUGAUAGAGAGCUACCAGAACCUGACCCGGGUGGCGGACUACUGUGAAAACAACUACACACAGGCUACAGACAAGAGAAAAGCUCUGGAAGAGACCAAAGCGUACACAACCCAAUCUCUAGCUAGUGUUGCUUAUCAAAUAAAUGCAUUGGCCAACAAUGUUCUCCAGCUGCUGGACAUCCAGGCCUCUCAGCUUCGGAGAAUGGAAUCUUCCAUCAAUCAUAUCUCACAGACUGUGGAUAUUCAUAAAGAAAAAGUGGCUCGAAGAGAGAUUGGUAUUUUGACAACAAAUAAGAAUACAUCAAGAACUCACAAAAUAAUAGCACCUGCAAAUAUGGAACGCCCUGUAAGGUAUAUUCGGAAACCUAUCGACUACACAGUUCUGGAUGAUGUGGGCCAUGGAGUUAAGUGGCUAAAAGCCAAGCAUGGAAAUAACCAGCCUGCAAGAACUGGCACGUUGUCGAGAACAAAUCCUCCUACUCAGAAGCCACCGAGUCCUCCCAUGUCAGGACGAGGAACUUUGGGACGGAAUACUCCUUAUAAAACCCUAGAACCUGUUAAACCACCAACAGUUCCGAAUGACUACAUGACUAGUCCUGCAAGGCUUGGGAGCCAGCAUAGCCCAGGCAGGACAGCUUCUUUAAAUCAGAGACCCAGGACACAUAGUGGAAGCAGUGGAGGAAGUGGGAGUCGAGAGAACAGCGGCAGCAGUAGCAUUGGCAUCCCCAUUGCUGUGCCUACGCCUUCCCCCCCUACUGUUGGCCCAGCAGCCCCUGGCUCAGCUCCUGGUUCCCAGUAUGGCACAAUGACCAGGCAGAUUUCUCGACACAACUCUACCACUUCCUCGACAUCUUCUGGUGGAUAUAGACGAACUCCCUCUGUGACUGCCCAAUUUUCUGCUCAGCCUCAUGUUAAUGGAGGUCCACUCUAUUCUCAGAAUUCAAUCUCUAUUGCUCCACCCCCUCCCCCUAUGCCUCAGUUGACUCCACAGAUACCUCUCACAGGCUUCGUGGCCAGGGUGCAGGAAAACAUUGCUGAUAGCCCAACUCCGCCACCACCACCUCCACCAGAUGACAUUCCCAUGUUUGAUGACUCUCCACCUCCACCACCACCACCUCCAGUGGACUAUGAAGAUGAGGAAGCUGCAGUAGUUCAGUACAGUGACCCCUAUGCAGAUGGGGAUCCUGCAUGGGCCCCCAAGAACUAUAUUGAGAAAGUUGUUGCAAUAUAUGAUUAUACAAAAGACAAGGACGAUGAGCUGUCGUUUAAGGAGGGUGCAAUCAUCUAUGUUAUAAAGAAGAAUGACGAUGGCUGGUUUGAAGGAGUCUGCAAUCGAGUGACUGGACUCUUUCCUGGGAACUAUGUUGAGUCAAUCAUGCACUAUGCUGAUUAGGGUUUGGUUUUUUUUGUUUUGUUUUGUUUCUGUUUUUUUAAAAAGAAUACUUUUUUCUUUCUGUUUUUUUCUUUCCAUGUAGGUUCUUAUUACUCAUACUGUGGGACUCUAUGGUUAACAGGAUUGUCUUAAUGUUUUAAAAUGUACCCAUAUUUUCAGGACAUGCUAUAUGAUUGGUAUAUUUGAAUUUCUACCUAUAAGCAUAAAUCUGAGGCAGUCUGUGUAUUGCUGAACAGCAGUUUAUACAACAGGAUGCCUAUAAUUGAUUAUGCAUAUGUACUUACACAUUGAUAACUUUAUGACCAGCUUAGAUAUUCUGGGGAUAUGGGGUAUUAUAUUUAACACAUCAUGAUUCAGAAUGUACCAUUACAUGUUUCAGUGCAGCAUGGUUACUAACACUAUGUCAGACUAAUAUUAAAAUCAGAAAACUU